UGUAUCCAAUUAAUGUUGCAUAUGCAUGGCCACAUCUUCUACUGACUAUGCCAUUUAUUUAUCCUUCCUUUCUUCCCAUCCUCAACUAAAUAAAUAUUGAAAUUUUCAUAACCCCCAUUUUCAUUUGUGUCUAUGAUUAUGAGGAACUAGCAAACACAGACCCAACUCUCUUCCACCAAUUCAGCUCUUCUGUCAGAUCUUGCAUCGCAAAGUGUUGCUGACAGUGUUUGGUGAAGUGGGUCUGUUUCGGUUUUGAAGAUGAAGGUCACUUUGGUUUCUAGGAGUGGAAGGGAAAUUGUUAAAGGUGGCAUUGGGCUCAGUGAUUCUGCUACUGUAGCAGAUCUGCAGGAGGCAAUUCAUAAGAGAACCAAGAAGCACCCAUCAAGGCAGCGGUUGACACUUCCUGUCCAACCAGGAUCAAAGGAGAAGCCUGUUGUUCUUAACUACAAAAAAAAUCUGAAAGACUACACAGAUGGAAAUUCAGAAACCUUAACUCUAGUAUUCAAGGACUUAGGCCCACAAGUUUCUUAUCGGACACUUUUCUUCUUUGAGUAUUUGGGGCCUUUGCUUCUCUAUCCAGUAUUCUAUUACUUCCCUGUCUACCAGUACUUUGGCUACAAAAGUGAACGUGUCAUCCGCCCGGUGCAGACAUAUGCCAUGUACUAUUGGUGUUUCCACUACGCCAAACGAAUUCUGGAAACAUUUUUCGUGCAUCGCUUCAGCCAUGCAACCUCACCCCUUUCCAAUGUUUUUCGCAACUGUGCUUAUUAUUGGACCUUUGGCUCAUACAUUGCUUAUUAUGUGAACCAUCCUCUAUAUACCCCUGUAAGUGACCUCCAAAUAAAGAUUGGGUUUGGAUUUGGAAUACUCUGUCAAGUUGCAAAUUUCUAUUGCCAUAUUAUACUGAGGAGUCUUCGUGGACCUGGGGGAGAAGGUGGAUAUCAAAUCCCGCGCGGCUUUCUGUUCAAUAUUGUUACUUGUGCAAAUUACACAACUGAGAUCUAUCAAUGGCUGGGCUUCAACAUUGCAACGCAAACUGUUGCUGGUUAUAUCUUUCUCGCCGUUGCUACUUUUAUCAUGACCAAUUGGGCUUUGGCAAAGCACAGGCGUUUGAAGAAGUUAUUUGAUGGAAAGGAAGGGAGACCAAGGUAUCCUCGUCGAUGGGUAAUAUUGCCGCCAUUUCUGUAGAAGCCUAAGGCACUGAUGAGGUCACCACUCUGCAGUGUUCUGAGAUUUAGAAUUGUAGCUUAUUGAACUUUUGGUGAUCUAGUCCUGUCAGAUAAAAAAAAAUUCUUCCAAUGCUAUUGACUAUGAAGUUGAUUUCCAAGUUGUUGAAGCAGCAUUUUGUAGGAUACUUGUAUUCAUUUCUAAAUUAUCAAACUGGGGAUACUUGUUUCUUCUGAAUCUUCAUCUUGUGUUAGUCAUAUUUAAUGUUUCUGUUUUAUUA